UGCAUACCGCUUUUUAUAUUCAACAUUUCUAUAAUAUGUUUUCCUUUUCUCUUUCAAUUCGCCUCAUUCUCCGUGUUUUUAUCGAUUGACUGCCGACACGGCGGUUUUCAAAGGCCACUCCACGGUAAUUUCUCUCUGGAAAAGGAUUUGAUCGCCGAGGAGUUGGAAUAUAUUUUCUUUUGUUUAUUUGUGUGUGUGUGUGGUUUUUUUAUAAUUAGUUUAUUUGUUGGAGUGGAAUUGGUUGAGUUAUUGAGUUUGAUUUGGGAAUUUGAGGCGAAAAGAAGAAGAAAUUGAGCCUUGUUGGUUAUUGAAUAUUUAUGUGUUUGUUAUUCUUUUAGAUGUUAUUGGAUUUUUUUCCAGAUUCUGUUAGGUUAUUUUUUUGAUGUGAAAUAAAAAGGGAAGAAGCGAUGUUGGUACUGAAUAUCAUUCUGCAUUGAUAACAUUUGGAGGGAACAAAGCGGUGUCGUAUUACGGGGUAAUAUCAGGAGGAGAGUGGAGAUUGAGGUUGUUGCUGGAAAUGUGCAGUUUCGAAGGGAUUGUGAAAAAGGGAGGGAUGAGACUUGGGAUAAUGAAAGGGGGCGGCGGAGCAGGAGCUAGCGGAGGCGAGAGAUUGGAUAAUUUGAAAAAAGGUUCGAGAAUGAAGCUGUGGAUCAUACGCGCUGCCAUAUCUGUGUUGCUUUGGACUUGCAUCGUACAGUUAAUGACCUUGGGAGAGACAUGGGGACCUCGCGUCCUUAAGGGUUGCCCUUCAUGUUUCUCUCGUCAGGAUUCUUCCGUUUCCGCCAUUGAAGACAAAGUUCUUGCCUUUCCCGCCCGUGUAAUUCCUCCCAAAAGGGUGUAUAAGAAUAAUGGAUACCUGAUGGUUUCAUGUAAUGGAGGUCUCAAUCAAAUGCGAGCAGCAAUUUGUGACAUGGUUACCAUUGCAAGAUAUUUGAAUGUCACACUUAUAGUCCCUGAGCUGGAUAAAACAUCCUUCUGGGCUGAUCCCAGUGAAUUUCAAGAUAUAUUUGACGUGGAUCAUUUCAUUACAUCGUUGAGAGAUGAGGUUCGAAUAUUGAAGGAGUUGCCUCCUAGGCUUAAGAAAAUAGUGGAAAUGGGGAGUGUGUAUUCAAUGCCACCAAUUAGCUGGUCAGAUAUGUCCUACUAUCAUAACCAGAUUAUUCCUCUGAUAAAGAAGUAUAAAGUUGUACAUUUGAAUAGAACUGAUGCUCGACUUGCCAACAAUGGACAGACUUUAGAUGUUCAGAAGCUGCGAUGUCGUGUAAAUUUCAAUGCUUUAAGAUUCACUCCUCAGAUAGAGGAGUUAGGUAAACGAGUUGUUAAGCUUCUAACGCAAAAUGGUCCUUUCAUAGUACUUCACCUUAGAUAUGAAAUGGAUAUGUUAGCAUUUUCUGGCUGUACCCACGGUUGCAAUGAAGAAGAGGUGGACGAGUUGACAAGAAUGAGAUAUGCUUAUCCCUGGUGGAAAGAAAAAAUAAUAAAUUCAGACUUGAAAAGGAAAGAUGGUUUGUGCCCCUUGACGCCUGAGGAAACCGCCCUUAUUUUGAGGGCACUGGACAUUGAUAAUAGUUACCAAAUCUAUAUUGCAGCUGGUGAAAUCUAUGGUGGAAAGAGGAGAUUAGCAGAUCUUGCUGCUGCUUAUCCAAAAUUGGUUAGAAAGGAGACUCUCUUGGAGCCAUCGGACCUUAGUUUUUUCCAAAAUCAUUCAUCCCAGAUGGCUGCAUUAGAUUAUCUUGUUUCAUUGGAGAGUGAUAUUUUUAUUCCUACAUAUGAUGGAAACAUGGCUAAAGUUGUUCAAGGCCAUCGCAGGUAUCUGGGGUUCAAGCAGACAAUUUUGUUGGACAGAAGGUUUUUGGUAGAUUUGAUAGAUCAGUACAAUAACGGAUCUCUAAGUUGGGAUGAGUUCUCGGAAGCUGUGAAGGAAUCUCAUGAAAAUCGCAAGGGGCAACCGACUAAAAGGUUGGUGAUACCUGACAGGCCUAAAGAAGAGGAUUACUUCUAUGCCAAUCCAGAAGAAUGCUUGCAACAACGAUAUGGUCAACUAAGUAGCUCGUGAUCUUUCUGUCAUGGGAUUUGUUACGUUUAUGGGUGUUUUCUUUUUCUAGAGUGCUAGCAUCAUACCUGAAACCGAAAGGCAGUUUCUCUACACAAAAAUGACAUUACCGAAGGUUUUACUUAAAAGGAGGUAGUUGUGGAGAAGCUUGGGGACUGAAGAACUCGAAGAAACCCCAAGACGAUUUUGCAAAGCUGCUGGAGGACACAGAUUUUUAGUAU